CAUUAGGAGAAUGGACCAUAAGUCUCAUUGUACUGUAUAAACAUCUGAAAAUCAAAGUGUGGUAUAUGGUUUUGGUCUGGUCUCAUUUUAUAAAAAUAGUGGAUACUUAGGCAUGGUCAUCCGGUGUAAUGUUGAACUAGAUUGAUUUUAAAUUGAUCCAUCCAUGGCCUUGUAACAUGGAUAUCUUUCUACAUGGUGUUUAAAAGAGUUUGAUAAUGGGGAACAAACACACAACAUCCAAGAAGGAUGUGGAAUUUCCUGGUGAAAUAAGAGGAAGGAGCAGAUCCUUCACAGGAUUUUCUUCAAAAUUUCGUCGAAAAAGUAAAAGUCCAACACGAGAACGCAGCUCAUCUGUUUCAGAGCGUCCAAAAAGAGGAAGCUUAAAAUCUAGUCAAAAUAGUGAUGCUUAUUCUGGUCAGAAUGGUCAUACAAAAUUGUCAAAAACUAAUUCACUGCCUGUGGACGGUUCAAGUAAACCUGUUACUCUUAUUUGGAAUAAAAAGUCUGCCAAGGAAGACAAAAAUGAUUCUUCCACUUCAAUAUCUACCUCAGCUCCAUCUAGAUCUCGAUAUAUGCCUCAUCACCAUAAUUCAUCAACAAUCACAUUUUUGGAGGGGAAAGAUACACUUGGGCGGGACACAAUUCGUAAAAGUUUUACACAACAGGAGAUGGACGAAUCUCCAAGGUCUACAGCCAAAAGAAUGAGACAACUCACCAAUGUUAUAUAUGGAGAUAAAUUAGCUAAUCUUUCUCUACGCAGAGGACUUGCAAUACAAAAUCGUGACAUGUCUUUGUCACAAGCAAGCCUGUCAAAGAUCUCAAUGAAGUCUAGGUCACUUCAUAGUUUACUGUCAACAGAUUAUGAGAAUGCUGAAUUUGAGGACAAUUUUUGUGAAAAAAGUUCAAAACAACCAGAUUUUCACCAAAGUAAUGAUUUCUAUUUUAUGCGACCAAGAACAGGAUCUGCUCCAGCAAGUGAAUUGACACAGAAAGGAAAAAUGGCUAUGGGAGCAGGUGACGUUCAGAGAAGAAAAAUAUCUCAUCAAAUGCCAUUAGAAAGUACUCCUAAAGAAUUAGUUAGAAAUUCAGCAUCAUAUGAGAAGGUUAAUCGAAGGUCUCCUGAAGAGGUUAUACAAGCCAGAAGAAUGCUUGUAUUUAGAGCUCUGAAAACUGAAGAUGGGGUUGUUUCCCCUGAUAAUUCUAAAAUACAAAAUGAAAUUGCAAAUAACGGAGGUCAUGUUUCACCAACAAAGAAUCUUAGAAAUGUAGGUGUAAGGCAACAAUCUCCCACAAAGGAGUGGGUUAAUUCAGCAGAAUAUUAUAAACAAGAUUCACACAAUCAUGACAUGUAUGGCAACAGACUAGAGUCACCUAAUUAUGCUGUGUGUAGCAAUAGCUCAGACAGUGGCUCAGUUCUACGCAAUGACUUGAUUCAUUAUGCUGCAGGAAAUAGCUCUGAGGCUUUAUUUGAUAACAGAUCUGUCUCACCUGGCAAUAGGUCAAGGUCACCAGGAAAAAGGUCAUCAUCACCUAUUAAUAAUGAACAAAGAGCAAUAUAUUCACAAAUUGUUUGUACCAAGAACUUGAAGAAGUCACCGGUUAAGGAGGAUCAAAAUUCUAGAACUCUAGAAAAGAACCGAAAUCCAAAAACACCAACCAAAAAUGUACUGCCAAAUAUUGAUGAAUACAAAGUUUUGAGUUCAAAUAUAGCCAAAGGUGAUUACUGGGGAUCUUAUGAAACUUUAACAAGAAAAGCAAAAAGUGAUGAUGAAUUUAUUGAUCAAGAAAAUUAUCUUAUGAGAGAGAGGAGUCAUAGCUUCUCUUUGUCUUCACCUAAGCCAGGUUUUCGAAAAGAGAAGAGGAUUGAAAAAUCUUUUUAUGAUGGUGUGUGCAUUUCGCCAAUAAUGGACUAUGAGCAGUCUCCAAGAUUACGUACAAGAAGAAAUAGUUGGUCAGUUCUCCAUGAAAAGCAUAAUAUCACUCCAAGGACAAAGGGUCACCAAUCUAUGAAUAGAUUAUGGAGUUACAGUGUAACAUCACUAUCUGACAUGAGUUCAGAACUUUCGGGAAGUUACUCACAAAGGUUUUUUGAUGACAGAUUUAAUAGAGAGACUGAUUUGGGCCUAAUUGAUCAGUUGAAUAUGGAUAGUGAUACAGGUGGAGUUUGUCCCAUAUGUCACAUGCCAUUUGACAAAGGAAAGAAAAGGAGAUUAAUUGAUGCUUGUGGACAUGAACGUUGUUACAUGUGCAUGUUUAACCAUGACACAUGCCCUCUUUGUGAUAAAAAUUUUGUUAAUAGAACCCAAGCAAAUAAUUUAUUACAAAGCAGUGAUUCCUCGUCACAGCGACCAAAAUUAAAAACCAAUGGACAUUUUAAACCCAAGAUGCAGACUUCACAACCAUACAGAUACAGCAGUCAUCAGGGACCAGUGGAUUCAGUGACCCAGACAACACCCAAACUACAUGUAUGCCAGACAAGCAAUCAACAACAGCAGCCAUCAACUAAUCUUCCAGUCACACCAACUAAACCAAGAUUUUUCCAGCCAAUAUGUGCAAGUCCAACACCACCAAUACCACCACCUCCAAAAAAUUACACGGUAGAUUAUAAACAUGCCAAAUAUUAUAGUAGUGACUCUGCAAUUGGCUCUCCUGACCUCAGUGGCAACAGUAUCACCAUGACAACGAAUGACGACCUUGAUGAGCUUUCCAAGUUAGAUCAGUUGGGACUAAACUUGCAUGCACCCCAUGCUGGGAAACAUAGUCCCCCUCCUCCACCACCAGAUGUUGCUCAAAAUGAUCUGAUGAUGAGACUAGGCUUGUUACUAGGAGAAAGAGUACCUAGUAGUGAACAGGACCAGUUGACACCAAUCUGUCAAUCAGGGAACCAGACUGAAGAGACAUUUACCAGUGUGUCUUCAUUAGGCAGCUUUGAUGCUACACCAGAUAGGGGGAUUUCAGAUUCAAGUCCAUUAUCUACUUUGACAGCUUCAUCUGGCAGUGAAAGAGCCUCAUCAGGAAUACAUAUGGGAUGUGGAUCUCUUUUCCCCUCCAAUCGGGAUCCUAGUGCAGACAGUGUUAAUUCCCUGAUGUCUAAUAGUUCUAGUCAUGGAAUCAGUCCACAGUCAACUACACAGAGACCACACUCAAUUACUACCUCACAGCCAGGUCAGAUUGAAGAUCUAGGAUUGUUUGGUAAAAGACAGUCACCAAUGAGAAGAUCAGCCCGAGCUGCUGUUAGUCAUCAUCAAGACAGUCGGGGCUCUCGUAUGUUGAGAAUCAAACCAACACAGCUUCACUUGUAUCCAAUCAACUUUGAGUUACCACAUCCUGAAGGCAAACCUAUUUUCGUUGGUAGAGAAUGGCUGUUCAAAGAAAUGGAAAUGGCAUUGAAUAGUGAACCCACUUCAGACCAGCCAAGAGGUGUUGUAAUCUCAGGAGGUAUUGGUGCUGGUAAAACUGCCAUCUUGGAGCAGUUAAUAGACUGUAGUUGUUUUGGCGAUGGAAGAAGUGGACUUGUAGAAGGAUCCAGUCACAGACUUCACCAAGAUAGAUUUCACUCUAAUGGGAUAAACUACAGUCCAACUUCCACACUCAACAGUUCUCCACAUUCCCAUCUAAGUGCUUCUUGUGGUAAUAUGUCGUAUGAUGCACUGCGUAGCCUGGGAUCACAAGUUGUAGCAUACCAUUUUUGUCAGGCCGACAAUAAUGUGACAUGUCUAGUUCCAGAAUUUGUACAUAGUCUAGCUGCUAGGCUUUGUUUAGUACCACAGUUGUCCUCAUACAGAGAACUGCUGCUUCAGGAUACACAGUUACAAGAUGUGUUGAGCCUUAAAGAAUGCAUCAAAAAUCCUUCCCUUUCUUUCAUAAAGGGAAUUGUUGGACCAUUACAAAAUUUAAAGGAGACUGGAAAAAUUCAUUCAGAUAGUUGUAUAAUUUUAGUGGACUCUUUAAAUGAAGCAGAAUUUCAUAAACCGGAUUACGGUGAUACAAUUGCUUCCUUUUUAUCACAUCACCUGGAUGAUUUCCCUAUGUGGCUUAAAUUAGUGGUUACUGUGCAGACAGUCUUAUUAGAUAUAACAAAGUCUCUGCCAUUCCAACAGAUCUGUAUUGACAGGGAUCCAGAAAACCAGUACAUUGCUGCUGAUCUUCAGGAUUAUGUUAAUCAUCGUCUAGAAACCAGUCCAAGUGUGAAAAACAAUAUUGCCUUAAAUGGUCGAUUGGAAGCAGCAACACAAGUUAAAUUUUGUAACCAUUUACAAACAUUGAGUAAAGGUUCUUUCUUAUUCUGCAAAUGGACAUUGGAUCUUAUUGAACAAGGUCACUUGGUGCUAAAAAGUUCUAAUUACAAGAUAUUGCCAAUGAAUAUAUCAGAAGUGUUUUUAUUGCAUUUCAACAUUAAAUUUCCAAGUGUGAGGUCUUUCGAGAAAGUUUCACCAAUUUUAGGUGUAUGUCUUGCAACUUUAUAUCCUCUUAAAAAAGAGGAAAUAUUUGAAACAAUUAAUUCUGGAUAUACACAGAGGUACAUUUCUUGGGAGGAUUUUAGUCAUAGACUUGAAGUACUGUCAAAAUUCAUUCAUAGAAGGAAGGAUGAAACAUACAUGUUUUUCCAUCCAGCAUUCAGGGAGUGGUUAAUACGACGUGAUGAUUCUGAUAAUCCUAAAUUUCUUUGUGAUCUAAGAAAUGGCCAUGCUUUAAUGGCAUUUAAAUAUUCUCGAGUAGACGCUCCUCUCCUCUCAGACAAGACAAUAGAACUGGGACAUCAUAUUUUAAAAGCACAUAUUUACAAAAACAUUAGCAAACAGCGAGGAUAUUCAUCACGUGAUAUGCAGGCAUACUGGAUGGCUCUUAGUUCAGAUAACUUGAAUGCUGCCCUAGCUUGUCAUAGGAAUCUGUUUUCUCCAAAUGUUAAGGUCAGUCGAUUGAUUUUAUUGUCUGGAGCCAACCCAAACACUCGAUGUAACCAGUUGAACCAUGCACCAGUCUUAGGAGUAGCCGCCAAAGAAGGAUUUGCUGAUGCAGUGGCGUUACUGUUAGAAUUUAAUGCUAGUGUAGAUGCAGUCAAUGAUCAAGGAAUGUCUGCUCUGUGUUUUGCAGCAGCAGAAGGUCAUAUUGAUGUCAUCAAAAUGUUGUGUAGGAAAAAUGCAAGACUGUCUCAUGUGGACAAUUGUGGACAGUGUCCUGCAGUCCAUGCAGCACUGAAUGGUCAUCUUGAUGCUUUAGCCUAUCUCCUGCAAUGUGAUUGGUCAUCCUACGAUGGACAGCUGAUAAAAGUUGAGGCUAUGCAACAGGCCUUAGUGGCUGGAGCAGCCAUGGGACAUAUAGAUAUUUGUGAAUACCUGUUGCAGACAAACAGUCAUUCAGUUGAAGGUUUUGGGAUAAAUAGCUUAGACACUUUAUUUGGCGAUACACCCCUUACAGCCUCUUGUGCACAUGGCCACCAUGACAUGGCCAGCUGGUUAAUAGACCAAGGUGCCAAUCCUAGUCAACCUAAUGGUAAAAGUUUUACGCCACUAUUGUGUGCUGUGGAUUCAGGAAAGUGGGAUGUGGCUGACCUUCUUUUAGGUGUUGGUGUUGAUAUAGAACAGGUUGACAAGUAUGGACGAACACCACUGAUGAUAGCUGCUUAUAAAGGACACAUUGGUGUGGUAGAGAUGUUGCUUGCUAGAGGAGCAUCAGUAGAAUCAGUAGACAAAGAGGGACUAACAUCCCUGGCGUGGGGAUGUCUGAAGGGACACCUACACAUUAUUCAGACUUUACAGGAGAGAGGAUCAAAUCUACACCAUACUGAUAGGUGUGGGCGGUCACCAUUACAGCUGGCAGCCUUCCAUGGAGAUUCACAUGUUGUCCAAUAUUUGAUAGACCAAGGAGCCAAUAUUGAGCAUGAAGACCUAAAUGGAAUGAGAGCCUUAGAUAGAGCAAUUGAUAGACGGAAUACAUCUGUUGUUGUUAGCUUUCUGAGAAAAGGAGCCAAGUUAGGUCAUACGACAUGGGCAGUGGCUGCAGGGAAACCUGAUGUCAUGUUGUUAUUGCUCAACAAGCUCAUGGAAGAUGGAAAUAUUCUCUAUAAGAAAAACCGUAUAAAAGAGGCAGCCCAGAGAUACCAGUAUGCCUUAAAGAAGUUCCCAGAAGGGGGUGAAUGUGAUGAUACCAAAACAUUUAAAGAACUUCGUCUUAAUUUACUGCUGAACUUGUCCAGGUGUAAACGUAAAGUAAAUGACUAUGAAGGUGCCAUAGAACUUGCCACAAAAGCCUUGGACAUAAAAGCCAAUAGUUUUGAGGCCUUUUAUGCUCGAGCACGUGCUAAGAGGGAUAACAGGCAAGGUGCUUCAGCCUUAGACGACUUAAAAGAAGCAUUAAAGCUUGCACCAAACAACCGUGAACUUCAAAGACUACUGAUGAGAGUUCGUGAUGAAUGUCGAGAUCAAGCUCGAUAUGAAAACAUCCAAGGAAGCCAUCAGAGUUUGAACGAUCAAGAAAGAAGGAGAGAAGAAACUGCAUUAUAGGAAAAAAAUUGUUUAGUUAUAAACAUUCCUUAUAAUAUUUAAGUGAUAAAGAUUUGUUUUCAGCAUCGUAAGCUUUUCUGAUAUAGUUAUAGUGUAACAUAACUAGCACUGAUUAAUACAGAAACAGCAAGAUAAACUUGAAGGAAAUAUUCAUAAAAAGAUUGACAUUGUGAAAGGCACAUUUAAUUUAUAUAGGACUGCGAAAAUAUUUUUGGGGUUUGUAUAAUGCUAUGAUUGUGUCUUCUGUGUCAGCUUCUUCCAAUGACACAUUUCGUUUCCGGAUAUUAACUUUAGUUAAAGUCUAUGCAUCUCUUAGAAAUUUUACAAGAAAGUUCCAUACCACAAAAGAAAGGUUGGGAUUGAUUUUAGGGGUUAUAGGACGAACAGUUAAGGAAUGAGGGGUCCAAAAGGAGAGAACAUAUUUUAAAUUUUUGUAAAAAGUUUCAAGAAGAAUCUUCAAUUUCACAGUAUUGCACAACAGAUUUUUAAGAUAUUUGACCCCAUUUAUUUUGUGUCCAAACUUGCCCCAACUGUUCAGGGUUUUCGACCUCUGCAGUUGUAUCAGUCUGCGCUCAGCGAAGCAUUUGAUUUAAUUUGUUUACUACGAAAACUGACAUAUUCUAAAAAAAAAAACUCAACUUUGAAACAAAUUAAGUCUUGCAGUUUUAUAUUUUUCUUAAUUUAAACUUGCUUUAGAAUAACUAAUCUAAGAAAAAAUAAAUAUGAAAAUAUUUCGACAAGUGACUGGACAUAACAUGUAUUCAGAAAUUCAUUUAGCACACGAGUUAAUUAUCAAUGUUGUAGGUUCACAAGUUGAAUUUCUAUGAAGUUUUGAAGCAAAGUUAUCUACAACAUUGUGACAACAUUAAUUGUUUAUGACAUCAGAGGAGUGAAACUAUUGCUUUUUAAUUUUACUUGUAAAUUACAGUAAUUGAUUGCAAUGAAUGUAAUGAUAACAUUAUUGAUUAGAAGAGAAAUCUGUGGGUGAGGACACUCUUAUUUUGUUGACAAGCUAUUGCCUGUAAAUAGUUCAAACGCUCUAGAAGUAAUAAGUAGACAUUUUAGUUCUUAAUUUCAUUGGUGCAGCUUUAUCCAGCUUAUUUAUUGUUUUAUGUCAUAGUGUAUUGUUUUAUUUAAUCUUAUAAAUUAUUUUUUUUCAAGAUAUUAUUAUUUACAAUUCUCAACAGUCGACGAAAUAAUGUCAAACUUAAGUUUUACAUUGAUCAGUCUUGGAUACAGAAAUGUCAACUUUCAUGAUCAUACAUCACUUUUUAAAAUAGAUUUUGUUAUUAUUUACUCUCCCUUUGGUAUAUGAAUAUUAGUAAAUGCCUUGCCUAAAAAAGAUAUCUUGUAAAGAGAUGUUGAUCACAAAAGAUGCAUGACAUAUCAUUUCCAGAAAGUCUUAUCUCAAAGAUUUUAUUUAAAAUGACAUGGUUAAUAUAACAGUUGCAUCACAUAUGACAUUUCUGCUUUCAUCUAUUUUCAUGAAACUUGUAUGCAAUAUUAAAUCUCUCUUAGAAAUCUCAAUUUUGAUUUUUUUCAGUUUGUCAUUUCAGAGUUAAGGGAACUUUAUUUAAGGCAGUCUUUCACUCAAGUAUAUGUAUGUUUGAAAUAAUUUACUUCAACUUUAUAUUGUUGUUGGGAUUGAUGAUUUUCAGCUCAGCUGUUUAUAACUGAUUGUUUGAUGUCUUUUUUAAGUCAGCAUUUUAUUAAUUUAUUUUUAAUUGUGAUAUGUCAGUUUAUUUAUAUAAUUUAAAGGUUUAAAACCAGAUUUUAAAAACAUUGGAAAGAUCUUGUUCAUAUAAGAUAUAUAAAAUAUUUGGAUAAUGCACUAGAUAAAAUCAAAUGCAAUCUUAAUUUGCUUUUCAGUGUCUUAAAUUUUUAUUUUCUAUACAUUUUACAUCCAUGUGACUUUAUUGUUCAUACCUUUAAUUGAUAUUCUGUUAUGUUAUUGUAAGUUGACAUGUUUGAAAGUUGUAUAAUUAUGAAAACAAGGUGUAAUUUUGAUUGUUAAUUGAAGUUAUAAAUAUUGUGGAGAACAAAGUUUUAGUGGAAAAAAUAUUUUUCUGUAAGAUGAGUAUUUUUUGGUUGGAAGUAAAAUUGCUUUGAAACAAA